AUGGUUACAAAUCUGAUCGAAAAUUUUAAUCAACCAUCAAUCGUGAACAAAAUCUUAUCUUCAUCUAAUAUUUCAAAUGAAAUUGUUGGUGCAUCACGUAAACAAGUUGAACAAGAUCAAUAUUCUUCAUCUAAUUUAAAUUUGACCAGGUCGACCAAUAUUGAUCAACAAUCUCUUAAUCAACACAUGAAUGAUGAUCUUAAUCAACACAUGGAUAAUGAUGAUGAAGAACUUAAACAAUUAUCAGUAGCUUCUCCAUUUUCUAUGUCUCAAUGCAGCUCACCAGUGAUCAUUCAAAAUCAAACAACAUCAUCAUUUACUAUCGAAGAUUAUUCCAACAAUAUAUACUCAGAGAAAACAGGAAAAAUCUAUCAUUCGGAUAAAUCCUCAUCAAAACAGCAGUGUGAAGAUGAACCAGAUACAUAUACUGAAGGAAAAGAACCUCAUUCAGCAGCAAUUAAACGAAAACGUAAACAACACACUUCAUCUUCAUCCAUCACAGCAACAGCAAAACAGUCCGCAAGACUUGCAGGGAAACGAAUUCGAAUUGAAUAA